AUGUCUGAAAUUAAAGGAAUGCUGCAACAACUAAUUGGGUCGAAUGGAAAAGUGGGAGAGAAGGUGGAAGUACAUGAGUCAGCGAUAAAAGGCAUUGAGAUUCUAUUAGGGCAGAUAUCUAUGGCUCUGAAUAAUCAUCCCCAAGUGACUUUACCUGCAAACACACAUGUCAAUCCGAAGGAGCAGCGCCCAAAUCAGCUUAUGUCGGUGAGUUUGAGAAAUGUUCCAAUUGAGGUAGAUGAUUCAACUGAGCUAGCAAAAGUGAGAGUGCAACCAGCCCAGGAGGAAAUAAACAAGGAAAAAGAGGUUGCAGAGGAGGCUAAGAAAGUGCAAGAGAAGGCAUUAGAAAAAGUGCUUAAGCAAGAUCUAACUCAAGCCACAGGAAAGAAGCGAGCUCCAGCACCCUUCCGCAAAGAGGUGCCUGGUGAUGCAAAAAUGAUGAAUGACUUGAUGUCUCAUAAUUUUGACUUUCAAAACAUGGUAACUGUCACAUUGAGACAGACCUGUAGUGCGGUUAUGUCAAGACCUAUAGCAGAGAAGUUAUCCGACCAUGAAAGCUUCUUAGGCAUUGGAAGAGCAAGGCCCACAUCCAUGUUGCAACAACUAGCUGACCAAACGGUGAAAAGGCCAUCAGGUAUACUUGACGAUGCACUUGUGCUAGUUGGAAAAUUUGUGUUUCCAAUAGAUUUUGUCAUUCUGGAUUGCAAGGUUGAUGGGGAGAUUUCCAUAAUUUUGGGAAGGUCGUUCUUGGCCACAGGGAGAGCUCUGAUUGAUUGGGAAAUAGGGAAGCUGAAGAUGAGGUUAAGUAAUGAAGAAAUAACACUUAGUGUGUAA